UUACAAGACUUCUUCAUAAUCGAGUCUAUUGAAAGCUAUCAUUUAACUGUUGGACCAGUAUCACGCAGCUCAGGAAUACUGUGCUGUCUUCUCCGGAUAAUUCUGACGUGUGUGGCUUGCUAUUGGUGCCAGACCUCCUGUGUGAUCAGGAAUUAAGCCCACGGAUUAUCGGAAAUAUCGCUCAACGGUACCUCGAGUUUCGGUACUAAUACAUUGUAUCAUUAAUACCGUUUUUCUCUUGGCGGAGUUAUCAUAAUUCUCGAGUAAAACCGUUGCAUCGACUGCGCGCAAUGCCAACCCCUCGAGUCUUUCUCGUUCGUCACGGUGAGACAGAGUGGUCACUUAGUGGCAAACACACGGGCGUGACGGAUAUUCCUUUGACCCCCAAUGGAGAGAAGCGUGUAAAGGCGACCGGUCGAGCGCUCGUUGGGGAGGAUCGACUAAUUGUGCCCAAGCAACUCGCACAUAUAUAUGUGUCGCCACGGAAGCGAGCGCAGCGGACUUUUGAACUGCUGAAUUUCGACGUCGAGGAUUCAUUGCCCUGGAAACUCCAUGGGGAAAAGCUGCCUGGGGCGGGCCAGGUUUGUGGCGCUCGAGUUGAAGUUACACAGGAUAUCCGUGAAUGGGAUUAUGGUGACUAUGAGGGCAUAACAAGUCCCGAAAUUCGCGAAAUCCGUUCUAAACAGGGACUGACUGAGAGAUGGGAUAUUUGGAGAGAUGGAUGUGUCGGUGGAGAGAGCCCUGACGACGUAACGGAGCGAGUGGACCGUAUUAUCAAGGAGAUUCGGGAUAAAUGGCACUCUCCCGUAAUCGGCAAGCCCAAGUCUGGGAACCCACCACCCGGCGACGUGCUCGUCGUAGCACAUGGUCACAUCCUCCGCGCCUUCGCCUUGAGAUGGGCUGGAAAGACGUUACAGGAUGGACCGGCAUUCCUAUUAGAAGCUGGUGGCGUUGGUACAUUGAGCUACGAGCAUCACAACAUCGAAGAACCCGCGAUAUUAUUAGGCGGCGCUUUCGUAGUCAGCCCAUAGAUAAGCAGAGUACACAUCAAUUUUAGAAUAAUGCCAUCACAUCUACUAUUAGAUACACUGCGGGCGAAUUGUCUACACUAGCCUGAAUAAAAUGCAAUCCAUACGAAAAAUCCAUUUUUUUUCUUCGAAAUUUGGUCUCAUGACUAGC